AUGCAGGAGGAAAGACCAUUAGCUCCACGCUGUCAACAACAGACCAGCAUCAAGCAGCAGCUCGUCAAUGUGCUGCAGGAGUUGGAGCUACAGAAGUGGGAGGAGAAAGGCGAGAAAGUGGAGGAGCACUCAAGAGCCCGGGACAAAGAGGCAAAACAAAGUCAUCCUGAGAAUCAGACGACUGUCCGCCAGGCCAAGAAGGUGGCUGUGGUGAACUGGUGGAAAGCUGUCAGUGGAGAGAAGGCGCAGAAAGGAACUAAUGGGGUGGCUCCAAACCAGGAUCUCUCUGAUACACAGGAAAAGCUCAGAGCAGCAGAGCAGACCAUCACUGAUAUGAGGGAGCAGGUCUGCCUCCUGCAAGCCUCUUUAAGAUCUGCUCAGGACCUGCUUAAUGAACAAAAGCACUGCAGCCUUGUCCUUUCUGCUGAUAAAGCAACUAACACUGAGCCAGAGAAAGAACUGCUGGAGUCAAUUGGUAAAGAACAGAAGGAUGUAGCGGUAGAGACUGACCCUGUGGAAGGCACAGGUGCAUCAUCAUCUCCACAAGACUCAUUUCAGCUGACUGCCAACCAAGUGUUGGUGACACUGAAGAAGAUGGAGGACAUGGUGAACCGGGCUCUGGAUACAGCAGAGCAAGUGAAGGAGGGUGAGCAGAGGGUGAGCCGAGUGAGGCAAAGGAUGGAGAGCAUCACACAGAAGGUCAAGGAGGCUCUGGGACGGACCGUCAGUACAGAGAGGCAGAUGGACCGGCUCCAGCUAGAUCUCUCUGCUAACCCAGCACAAACUGCUCUGGAAGACACUUCAGGUCCCUCAUCAUCGGCUGAUGCGUCAGGAGACGAUGAGAACUGCAGGCUCCCGGUCAUCUCUGCCAUUCCUGACCUCAAGGAGAACGGUGACGCAGGGAGAAGUGAGCGUGGCAGUACGUGGUGGAGCCAGCCCAAAGAAGAAAAGACUCAUUUGUGGCAGGGAUCUCAAGUUAAAUGUAGUGAUUCUUCAGUUUUCAUCUUCCCCCACACACGCUCUCGCCCCCCCCUGCUGCCCAACAUGCCCACCCUGCCAGAGGAGGAGGAGGACUCCCCCGAGGAGAUGGACAGUUCCUCCAGCUCCCCCAGUACAGUAAGUGUGUUUCAUUUCAAUCAACAUCACUUCUGA